AGCACACCGCACACAACUGGCCAAUGGCAGCAGGAGCUCCCGUCUACAGGCGGCAGUCAGUGCACUCAGUACCGUCUGUGGUCUCUAGUCGAGGUGGAAGAGCCUACUGAUAGCCGUCAAUGGGUAAACUCAGACAGCUGACACCCUGGAGCGCUGUGUGUGUGUGUAGUCGGUGCUCAGCGUACAGCUCUUGGUGUUUCAGCCCGUUAGAGGAAAGUGUUCGACCCAAGGUACUAAAUCGUCCUAAAGCGCAAAGCGUUGAGGAAACGUGAUGAGCGCGAUCAGAGAUUAUUUUCCUCUCCUGCUUCUUUUUGUGACAGCCGGGACAGACAGAGUUGCUAAAGAAUAUGUGUUGAGCUGUGUCUUCCCCCAAAAACCUCUCUAUGGGGAAGUAUCAGUGAGCAGUCUCCACUCUGGAGGGGAGGCUUUCUUUUCCUGCCUAACAGGCUACCAGCUGCAAGGCUCCAGUGUGCGAACCUGCCUCAAUGCUAGCACCCCCUACUGGAGUGGCAAGGAAUCACACUGCCUAGCUGCUUGUGGUGGUUUGAUCAGCAACAUCACAGUUGGCCGGAUCGUCUCUCCUGGUUUUCCCAGCAACUACAGCAACAAUCUUACCUGCCAUUGGCUGCUGGAGGCCCCUGAGGGCCAGAGAAUCCAUAUCCACUUUGAGAAGGUGGCGCUGGCUGAAGAUGAUGAUCGGUUGCUGAUCAAAAAUGGAAACAACUUCGAUGCAGCUGCCCUGUAUGAUUCAUAUAAGGUGGAGUAUCUUCCCAAUGAAGGUCUACUCAGUAUGUCCAGGCAUCUCUUUGCAGAGAUGACUACAGAUGCUACAGGCACCUCCACAGGCAUUGCCAUCAGGUACCAAGCCUUUGCCGCAGGCCACUGCUAUGAACCCUUCGUGAAGUAUGGUAACCUGACCAGUAGUGACCACACCUGGGCAGUGGGAGCUGUGGUGGAGUUUGCCUGUGACACUGGCUAUACCCUGGAACAGGGAUCUAUCACUAUUGAAUGCAUUGACUCCAACAAUCCCCAGUGGAACGAGACAGAGCCUGCCUGCAGAGCUGUGUGCAGUGGCGAGGUCACAGACUCAGCUGGAUUGGUGUUGUCUCCUAACUGGCCUGAAGCAUACGAAAAAGGCCAGGACUGUAUCUGGGGAAUCCAUGUUGAGGAAGACAAGAGGAUCAUGGUGGACAUUCAAGUGUUGAAGAUUGGAAAUAAGGACUUAUUGACCUUUUAUGACGGAGAUGACCUGACAGCUAAAGUACUGGGUCAGUAUGGAGGAUCAAAGUCGCGAUUUAAACUUUACACCUCCACAGCGGACCUCACAAUCCAGUUCCAGUCUGACCCUGCCACCAAUGUCUACGGCUAUGGCAACGGCUUCAAAGUCCACUUCUUUGAAGUAUCCCGUAAUGACACAUGCCCCGAGCUUCCAGAGAUCUCUAAUGGCUGGAAGAGUUCCUCUCACCCCGAGCUGGUUCAGGGCAGCGUGGUAACCUAUCAGUGUUACCCAGGUUAUCAAGUUGUGGGUGUUGAGCUGCGCAUGUGUCAAUGGGAUCUUACCUGGAGUGGAGACCUACCAAGCUGUGAAAAAGUGUUGUCUUGCGCUGACCCUGGAAAGGUAGAGCACAGCAGGCGGGUGCUGUCAGGUCCCCAUUUCACCGUGAAGUCAACCAUCCAGUACAUCUGUAACAAAGGAUUCACUCUGUCCGGAAACAGUCUGCUCACCUGCUUCAACAGAGGGUCCAUGGGCCCCAAGUGGAGCCAGAAGCUGCCGAGAUGCCUGCGUACGUAAGAGUUUGUGUUUCUCAUGGCCUACAUGUUGACACCAGAAACUGAAAGGCACUGUGGCACCUUAUUUACAUUCAAACCAUACAUGUUCAUUAUUAACAAAGUGCACUUUGUUUACUUUACAGAGUAAUUAUUCAUUUUGACUUGCUAUAAAACUAUAUUUAAUUGUCAUAAUUAUUGUUAUUAUUACUGUAAUUGUCUAGAAUUAGGGCCCGAGGAAAUAUUCUUAUUCUUAUUAUUUCCCCGUGUCACAACGGGUGAGUGGAAGCAGGACUCAAGUGCAGAGUUAACAAAAAAACUACUUUAUUAAUCAAGGGAUCGAAAUCAAAAUGCCUAGAACAAAACGCAGACAAGGACCAGGAACUCUUCAGGAAAGACAUUAAAUGACGCAACAAGGGAGACACAUGGCUUAAAUACACUGGGAAGGUGCAGGUGAUUGGACACAGGUGGAACCAAUCAGGGACACGAGAGACAAUCACGGGUUGACAGGCCAGGAAGUGAAACUAAACCAGGGACACAAGAGGCAGGCAACUACAAAAUAAAACACCAUGACACUCCUCUUUAAACGCACUUUUGAGGCCUUUAUCAUAUUUCACAGAUUGACUUAAAAUUUUACAUACAGGUGCUUUUGGAUAUGCUCUACAAAAAAGCGAACUCCUCUCAGACGCUGGGUCCGAUUCUUACUAAGUUCUUUCUAAGCUUUCAGGGAAUCACUAUUGGCUCAACGCCAUCUGAAUUUAUUAAAAGCUUGUUGAUAUCUCAUUAUUAUGGACCAAUUAAGUUUGUAAGGGGUGUGGCCUAAUGGUUAAAGACCUAUAAUUUCAAAAGUAAUUGGCCUGGCCUCACCAAAUCUAUAGGGUAUGUUCACAUUGAGUCCUUGAGCAUACCCUAAUUUUCGCCAAAAUAUUUGAAUAUUAGGGGGCAAGUAUUCCCAUGCAGUGAUUUUCACAAUUAUAGAGCUGCCAAUUAGCAUAGGGAAAUACAAAGGUCAUACACUUUAAUGAGAAAUGGGGAAAACUCUUAAAGUUAAGUCAGUGUCCUAGGUGAUACCAUUAAAGAGCUGAUGUGAGGACGGCAGAGUCGGGGUAUAAGUUUCUUUCAUAAUGAAGAUGGUUUACGAGAGAGGGUAAGGUCCGGUGGAGGUGACGAGGGAGUUCAGGAGGGUAAUGUGAGUGGCGGUGGCUGGUCUGUCAUGCGGGAGUCCUAGGCAGAGGAGGAAGAGGUUAGAGAGUACCAGCAGAGUAGGAUUGAACAUUACAUUACAUUACAUUACAGGUCAUUUAGCUGACGCUUUUAUCCAAAGCUACUUACAUUGCAUUUUUAA